AUGACCUCCGAGGGCGGGCCGCCGCCGGCCCCGCUCCGCCGCGCCCGCAGCCCGGGCCCCGGCGCGCUCCAGGCCGCCCUGAUGAGCCCGCCGCCCGCCGCCGCCGCCGCCGCCGCCCUGGAGGCCGCCUCGUCUUCGUCGUCGUCCGCCUCCUCCUCCGGCGCGGCCGGCGCGGCCCCGAACGCCUGCAAGAGCGCGGGCGGCGGCGGGGGCGCGGGCGGCGGCGGCGCGGGCGCCAAGAAGGCGAGCUCGGGGCUGCGGCGGCCCGAGAAGCCGCCCUACUCGUACAUCGCGCUCAUCGUCAUGGCCAUCCAGAGCUCGCCCGCCAAGCGCCUGACGCUCAGCGAGAUCUACCAGUUCCUGCAGGCGCGCUUCCCCUUCUUCCGCGGCGCCUACCAGGGCUGGAAGAACUCCGUGCGCCACAACCUCUCGCUCAAUGAGUGCUUCAUCAAGCUGCCCAAGGGCCUCGGGCGGCCGGGCAAGGGCCACUACUGGACCAUCGACCCGGCCAGCGAGUUCAUGUUCGAGGAGGGCUCGUUCCGCCGCCGGCCGCGCGGCUUCAGGCGGAAGUGCCAGGCGCUCAAGCCCAUGUACCACCGCGUGGUGAGCGGCCUGGGCUUCGGGGCCUCGCUGCUGCCGCAGGGCUUCGACUUCCAGGCGCCCCCAUCGGCGCCGCUCGGCUGCCACGGGCAGGGCGGCUACGGCGGCCUCGACAUGAUGCCCGCGGGCUACGACGCGGGCGCCGGCGCCCCGGGCCACGCGCACCCGCACCACCACCACCACCACCACCACGUCCCGCACAUGUCGCCCAACCCGGGCUCCACCUACAUGGCCAGCUGCCCGGUGCCCGCCGGGCCCGGGGGCGUCGGCGCGGCCGGGGGCGGCGGCGGCGGCGGCGGCGGCGGGGACUACGGCCCGGACAGCAGCAGCAGCCCCGUGCCCUCGUCCCCGGCCGUGGCGAGCGCCAUCGAGUGCCACUCGCCCUACACCAGCCCCGCGGCGCACUGGAGCUCGCCCGGCGCCUCGCCUUACCUCAAGCAGCCGCCCGCCCUGACGCCGGGCGGCACCCCCGCGGCCCCGGCCGGCCUGCACACCAGCAUGUCCACCUACUCGCUGGAGCAGAGCUACCUGCACCAGAACGCCCGCGAGGACCUCCCAGUGGGGCUCCCCCGAUACCAGCACCACUCCGCGCCGGUGUGCGACAGGAAAGACUUCGUCCUCAACUUUAACAGCAUAUCCUCCUUCCACCCCUCGGCCAGCGGCCCCUACUACCACCACCACCACCACCAGAGCGUCUGCCAGGACAUUAAGCCCUGUGUCAUGUGA